AUGAUGGAGAGGAUAAGAAAAGAGAUGAUUCUGAUGGAAAGAGGGUUACACAGCCCUGUUGCUGGGAAGAGGCUCUCGAAUCUGUCUGACUCGGCUGGAAAUGUGGUGUUGGAGGCCCUCGAAAAUUCACAGCACUCUGGUCGCCUGAGCCCCAAACUAACUUCCGCAUCGCUGCAUGGGGGUCUCGGGGACAUCCCUACCAAAGGCAAAUUCGAAAUCGACAGCUUGUUCGGAACCCACCACAACAGCGACAAUACCUCUUCGGCGGAAAUUUCGUCCUCUGAAAACAGGAAAAAAAUGAACCUGUAUCCAGAAGUUUCUCCGGAUUCGGAAAUGAACAGUGAUGUAGAGGUGGGAUGCCCAUCGCACCGUUCUCCGAGCAAUGUCAGCCAACACAAGGAAAACAAUAACAAAGGUUUUUCAGACAGUAAUUCGGGAAUGUCUAACAGCAGUUCCACGUCUCUCUCCAAUGUUAACGGCAAUUCUACCGGCAGCUCCAACAGUUCUAACACAGACCAGGUGAGAAGGUAUCGGACAGCUUUCACCAGAGAGCAAAUCGGCAGACUAGAGAAAGAAUUUUACAGGGAAAAUUACGUAUCAAGGCCAAGAAGAUGCGAAUUAGCUGCGGCAUUAAAUCUUCCUGAAACAACAAUAAAGGUGUGGUUUCAGAAUCGGCGGAUGAAAGACAAAAGGCAGCGGUUGGCCAUGUCCUGGCCCCAUCCAGCCGAUCCAAGCUUCUAUACAUACAUGAUGACGCACGCGGCAGCCACCGGAAGUCUGCCAUACCCCUUCCAUUCCCACAUGCCUCUGCACUACUACCCGCAUGUGGGUGUAACAGCAGCAGCGGCCGCUGCAGCCGCGUCAGGGGCAGCCUCCUCACCUUUUGCUACGUCUAUCCGUCCUCUCGAUACUUUCCGUGCGCUCUCACACCCUUACUCCCGUCCAGAGCUUCUGUGCAGCUUCAGACAUCCAGGACUUUACCAGUCACCGGCAGGCCUCAACAGCUCGGCCGCAGCUUCGGCGGCAGCGGCGGCGGCGGCGGCGGCAGCAGCUGUUAGUGCGCCCUCAGCCACAGUGCCCUGCUCGUGUCUCAGCUGCCACAGCAGCCAAACUGCCAGUGCACUGGGUUCCCGAAGCGCUAGUUCUGACUUCACGUGCACAGCGGCUGGCCAAAGGUCCGAGAGUGGAUUUUUGCCGUACUCAGCUGCCGUACUAAGUAAAACCGCGGUUCCAUCACCCGAUCAAAGAGAGGAGAGCGCACUUAACAGAUAA